CUGACAGCCACGCUGUUUGCGCGCUCCCAUCCUGCGUUUAGCGGAUAAUUUAAUAGUUUGCGUGUUAUUCAGCACUCGAAUUAUGGUAUGUAAACUAAUUGAGUCCCUUCAUCACAAAUGUACGUUUUUUUCUCUUCCGGGUGCAUCUAUCGCCGCCCCCUCGUUCAUCCUGCUGCUGCUGCUUCAUCCACUAAGGAGGAAAACUGCAUCCGCAGCUGCUGAUCGCAUUCUCCUUAAACGAAUCUGAGCAUCUGAAGAUGUCGGAAAACAAUAACAUUUCAAGUGGAAUUCUCCUCACUACUCCUGUGGGAUCUGGAAUAUUCUAGGAAACGUUGAUUAGCGCGUUUUUGUUGCAAAUUACGCGCAGGUUAAACUGGGUGAAGUCAAACAUGCUUCAAGGCUCGGGUGUUUUGCUGCACGAGAGGCCUCUGGACAUCAAGGUGUCAUUUAGUGCCUGCGCUUUGGGAACUGUGUCCCUGCCACUGCUUGGACUAAUAGCAUGUGUUGUCAUAUCCUUCAUCUUUCAUUUUGAAGAUGCUACUGGUACACAUUGCCAGGUUCCUAAUUACCUGCCAUCCAUCAGUGCCGCAAUAAGCUUAAGUCCAGAGUGUUACAUUUGGCGCUUCUGCAUCGGACUGCACUCCGCACCGAGGCUCAUGGUGGCCUUCACCUAUUUCAGAUUUUACAAGAUCCGCUUUGACACCAGGUUCCCCGAGAGCCCACUCACCUGCUUGAACCUGGCCUUCUCCAUCUCCGAGAACAUCGGUCUCCUGCUCCUCACUUACGUGUCAUCCAGUGAGACGUACUUUGUGCACAAAGAAGGUUUUGUCCUUUUCAUUGUGAGUUCCAUCAUCUACAUGCUGAUAACCUGCCGUUUAUGGAAGUCUAUUAAGAAGUAUUCCUUAAAUCCUGAGGAUGCUAAAUCGCACCACUGGAAAGUACGUCUGCUGCUGCUCAACCUUUGCUUCUAUGGUUUUGCUGGAUUUUUUUACUGGAAACACAACGUGUACUGUGAGUCAGGAAGUUACACGUUUUUUGCCCUGUUUGAGUAUCUGGUGGUCAUCUCCAACAUGGCCUUCCACCUCACGGCCAUGUGGGACUUUAAGAGCCGGGAGAUCGCUGUCGUUUCCUCAUCAGAUAACAAAAACUUCUGACUAAAGCCCAGUGGGCUUGACGCUCAGUGUCCAGCCAUAGAGUCACCCGAUCACAGCAACUGCUCCGCUCAAGAGGAAGAGGAAGAGGACGGGAAGGAAGACCUAUUCCACAUAUUUGCAUCAAGCUUCUCUUGAUGCUUGUCAGGACACAAAUAAAUAACAUGCACACUUGUUGGACAUUUAGCUUUUUAAAAUUUGGUUUUCAGAUGAACUAUUUUAGGGAUAUAAGAUGUGAAUUCAUAGCUGACAGCAGAAAGAUGGUCAUGGGACAUUUGUCUGAAGCACCAACAAAUCUGCAUCCUUAUGGAUCUUCAUGGAGUUUCCCUUUUGGAACCAUGGAGUCUCAGUUUGGACUUAAGUCAAAUGUUAAGUUGAGAUUUUUUUUUGCAGAGGUUUUGCACUCAAAAGGCUGCAAAGCUAAGAAAAAUGACGCCUAAUUAUUAAAGAAAAUGGGUCAAAACAAUGAGAGAGACUGAGAAAAUGGAGGAUGUUUGACAAGGAGGACCAGACGUGGUUUAAAAAUAAAAUUAACCUACUUUAAAAUUAAGUAUUAAUUAAUAUAUUCAAGUAUUUUAUUUUGAAGGAGAAGGAGAUUUUGUAUUACUAAAUUGAAUAAUUGUUACACUAUGACCCAGAAAUUCAUGUAUUUCUUACAAAGUGUUAUUAGUAAGAUAUACAAAAGAGAAACGUUCCACUAAUUUAGGAACAACUACAAUGAUGUCAUGUAAAAUAUUGAAUAUUUUCAAAUGAAAAUUGACAGAACAGGAUAAAAAAUGUUUCUAAAAAAAUAUGAUGUUUUUAAAUGUUUCCCUCUUUUUUCUUUUUUUUUAUCUUUUUGUGAGAAAAUCUGGAUUCUAAGCCAUAGAAACUGGGUUAUUUUUGUGUAUUUAAUCAGAUUUUAACAGGUAUUUUAGCAAAAUGUACAAAUUUAUAAUUGGUAAAUUUAACCUGAUUACUACUCAAAAUGCUAAUUCUUAUUAAAAAAAGAGAAAGCAAAAAAUGUAUAGGUUUUACGAAAAGUAUGACUAGAGUUUUUUUUUAAGCUGCUGACACAUACGUGGUUCUUACAACAGCACUUUUUUCAAUCUUUUUAUCUAAGCCUUAAGUGAUAAAUAAUGUCAAGGACAUAUUAAAUUAUGUUAAGUGAAGUCACAUCAGAUGACUUAUGUAGCCAUUACUGAGAACAGUAUAUACACAAAUAAAUCCUGUAUUUAAUCUUAGUUAAAUAUGUGUAUUUUUUUCUUUUAUUUAUUGUUUUUCAUACAUGACUUUUUAACUUCAUUUUUUCAACUGUAGAUUCAUGAGAUUUGCUGUUUUAUCAUCACCAGACUUGAUAUUUUCUUCUGCUUUGAUAUGGUGCAAAAAAUUGAAUGUCAAAAUGUUCAUUUUAAUAGUUUCAAUAUAUGUUUUUUUUCUUGGUGCUUUUAAAAAUCAGAAAUAAGUCACUGGGAAAAUUCCAAUGCAGUGUACUCACUGCUUUACAAAUAUACACAAGUGUUAAGCUUUUUGGUGUGUUUGUGAUACGUUAAAAUCCAAGUGACCAUUUUUCCAGAUAACCACAAAAUAACUCACUAGCCUUUCCUUACACACUAAACUUAACAGAAAAAGAUAAUUGUGAGCUGCUAUGCUUUUCUGAGCUGUUUUUUGGCAAAGAAGUUUGCUGUAACUUUGUAAUGAAAUGUUGAGCAAUUGUUUUCACUUGAAUUAAAUCUUUUUUGAGUCCUUUUCA